AGUUGAUGACAGGGUAAGUGACAGCUGGAAUAGUUGUCAUUCUGGCGAGCCAGGAUGAUAGUGAAGGAGAAAAAUUUCUUAUCAUCAUUAUUUCCCCUAUAAGGUGGGUUAUAAGCAUGAGGGAGGUGAAGAGCAAGGGGUGAUUUGGUGAAGAAAAAGGAUUAGUAGAGCGGUCAGUUGUCAGAAGAUGGAGUUGGAUGAAGUAAUCAGAGAAAGGAGACGGGGUGUUGUAUUUGAUUUGUUGAGAGGUUUGUUAUGGGUUUUUGUGAAACAAGGAGAAGAUGCAAUUAGUUUUUUUUUUUUUUUUUCCUGGUUUAUCUAAUGACCCCUAUUUCUUCUUUUUUUUUUCCCCUCUCCUCUAUGUUUUAUAUCUCGCAUAUUUUCUUUUCUUUUAGGAUUUACACAGUUGUUCUAGGUUGUAAGAUUUUCUCUCUUCUUUCACCUAUAUUUGAUAUAUUUUUAUUUAAGUUUUAUAUGGGAAGGAAAUCUUAAUACUUUGGAAUACUGUUGAUAAGAAUUGACUAUAGUAGAGGAUUUAAAUUUAGUUGAAUUUGGACUGCUUUUGUUUUCUCAGUCUGAUUUGCUGUGCUUUUAUUGGUGGAUAUCAUUUACCAUUUAAAAUCCAAUAGACAUCCAACCAAGGUAAGUACAUCCCUCUCUAAAUUCAUGUUACUUUUCUCCUCUGAAGAGAAUAAGAGUUGCAAAUGUUUGCUUGAUUCGUACCAAUGUUUUUGAACCCGGCCCGGUGGCUGGCCCGGUUUGGCCACUGGGUCCGGUUCAACCGGUUGAACCGGUUCACCCGACCGGUUCAACCGGUCAACUAAAAAACUUUUUUUUUGGGCAUUUUUAUUGAAUUUUGCUUUUAUACCUUACCUUCACGGUUUCACCCGAAAACGAUACAGAUCGUUUUGAGCAGAACAGACGAGGGAGAUGAAGAUGAUCGGCGAAAGAGAAGAAGUGCAGCGGCGGAGGAGAGGAUCGGUGGACGGUCGGCGGAAAAGAAGAUCGGCGGACGCUCGGCGGAAAAGAAGAUCGGCGGACGAUUGGCGGUGGAGAAGAUCGGCGAACGAUCGCGGAAGAAAAGAUCGGUGGACCAUCGGCGGACAAGAAGAUCGGCGGACGAGAAGAUCGGUGGAAGAGACGAUCGGCGGACGGUCGGCGAAUGAUCGGCGGACGAUCGGCGGACGAUCGGCGGAGAAUCGGCGAACGAGAAGAUGAUGAAAAUUUCAGCCCGGCGGGUUGCAGCGGGUCGCAAGAGUUCAACGGGCGGGACGGGUCUGACGGGUUUCAACGGGUUUCAACGGGCCAUUUGCUUAAACGGGCCGAAGUAUGCACUCGGCCCGUUUUCAGGUCCGGGUCCGGUUCAACCGGUUCAACCGGCCGGGCCGGGCCGGGUUUUAAAACACUGAUAUCAGCAACAUGAUCUAUGUUGCUGAAAAUAUAGUAUCAGCAACCUA